GUUGUAUUGUUCACCUGUUCUUUGUGAGGCAGUUUAAAAGGGUUUGUUCAGACUGAGAUGAAGGCAAACAACCAUGUCAGCUCUGAAGGUUGCAGCUUUUAUUGCUCUCAUCGGUAUUUCCAGCAGUCAGACUUCAGACUGCUCCUAUUUGGGUCUUCUGAAACACUUGAACCUGACAUCGACGAAUGAUGUUCUACAGAUCAUGCGGCCCGUGAAGAACUGGACGACAUCCACCCUCGUUCAGGUGGACAUGUUGAUGUACGGUAUUUUACAAGUGGAUGAGAUGUCUCAAACUGUCACCAGUCACAUCUGGAUUGAGAUGAGUUGGAUGAAUGAAUUCCUGACUUGGAAUUCAUCAGACUUUUGUGGGAUAGAGAAGUUUACCGUUCCGAUGUCGAGCCUGUGGACCCCAGAUGUAUCCAUCCUAGAGGAUGCCUCUGAUACUUCGAGUAUUUACAGAAGUCCACUUGGUCAAGUGUCCAAUGGUUGGGUGUACGUGACCACUCGUCAGCGGCUGACCUUCACUUGUCAUAUGAAGCUCAGAGACUUCCCCUUUGAUACACAGAAGUGUACGAUCACAUUUUUGUCCAUGACCUCUGAUGCAGGAGUCAUGCACCUAGGAACAGCCCAUAAUGACACAGCUCUCACUAGAGUCUCUGAGAUGUUCAUGGUCACACGGGGAGAAUGGGACCUUGUAACAAUGGAAAUUUCCGCUCCUAAUGUGACAAAAGGCGGCACAGCUCAAAGCAAACUUAUUUACACGAUCAUAAUGAUGAGGAAGCCGAUGCUUUACGUGGUGAUUUUAAUCGUGCCCCUGUUCUAUUUAAUGAUCCUGGAUCUGGCCUCCUUCUUCAUCAGCGAGGCCAGAGGAGAAAAGCUGAGCUUCAAAGUGACCGUCCUCCUUUCCAUCUCCGUCUUACUGCUGAUCCUUCAGGACAUGUUGCCUUCAACUGAAGAAAACCUGCCAAUGAUGGCCGUCUACUGUGUUGUGACCUUCGCCCUGGUGGGGAUCAGCCUUCUGGAGGCCAUGCUGGUGAGCUUCCUAUUUGACCUCGAUGGUUAUUGUGGUCAGAAGACUCGAAGCUCUGUUAACGCCCAAGAGGAGAUUCAGCUGGAAGCAGACUUUGACAAAGAGACUGCCAGCGCUGCAGAGGAAGGUCAGAGGAAACCAGAGAAAAGCCCCCUCACUCUGGACAGGUCUGCUGGUCUUGAUGCGCUCAAACUGAUCCUGGAGGAAGUGAAGGCCGCUCGGCGGGAAGCUGAAGGACGAGAAACAGACCAGAGAAAGUCUCGACGCUACAGACGAGUGGCAGAAAUCAUAGACUCUGUGUUUUUUGUCCUCUACUUUCUAACUGUCGCCUCUUUUCUGACUUACAUAUAUGUGGUGUGGAUAAGUCGAUAUGCUGAAAAUAUAGCAAUGAAAUCUGACUAAAAAAAGGAAGGAAUCCAUCCUUUAGAGUUUCUCAAAAAACGUUCGACAUCCAAUCUCCUUUCCACUCGGCGGAUCGAUUGCUGAGGACCCGAAGUUCGAAGUAGUUCGGAUGCUCGGUUCUCGCGAGAGUUGAGAAACAUCGCCCUGCAGAGCCGAGCUGGAGACAUCCGCAGUUUCAGGGCGCGGCCACGUGUGUGUGCAAAUUGCUUCAUCUUCGCUUUGCAACUUUUUGCUUGUUUGUGUGACCCAUAAAGAUAUAAAUGCAUAUGGCCGCCUUUAGCUCAUGCUGCAUGUUUUUACGCACACGUUAAAAUGUGACAUUUCUUAAAGGGAGUUUGGUGCAGGGAGCUUUUAGUUGAAUUCAAACUGCUAAUAUGUA